AUGAUUAAGUCCAAAAUAGAUCACGGCGAGAUUACUUAUCAUGCUAUACCGAGUGCUGCGCCUGAUCCACCGCCGCCUCCUAACAUAAGCAGAGCGCAAAAAGUGAAGCCCGAGGUGCAACUACCCUUGUCCUUGGACCCACCCCCUCUGGAUAAACAUUUAAAUCUAAAUAUACAAGUAAAACAAGAAAUUGAGGAUCUGGAUUAUCAAACGUGUGAUAAGUCACCAGAAAUAGAAGCAGAAACCUCC